CAAUGUUUGGACUGCAGAGGCUUUGGGAGUGAGAAGCGUAUCAGGUGAGGUUCUUUUAAAUACCGCGCGAAAUUCCGGGGCCCUGAGAGCGAAGGGAAUCUCCUGACUUCUGAGCAGGACUAUUCUGCAAGAACAUGUACAGUAAUGUCACCUCAAAAGAAGGUUAAGAAUUCUCAGGCACAAAAGAGGACUUCUCAAGGUAGGAAGAAUGACCAGACUAAUCUCUUGGCCUGGAAAACAAAGGAGGACCUAAGUAACUCAAAGAGCAUCUCAAUACAUGAAAACAAUCCAGUGGAAGAUUAUGAACUUGCUGAUGAUCUAACAGAAAAUGCUCUGCAACUAGCAGUGAGCUACUUGGGGAAAGGUCCCAUUAAAACUUCACAGAGUAAAGAUAAAACCUUGGAAGAACACUUGAAAGCUGUAGAAAAUGUGGCUUGGAAGAAUGGGUUAACUCCAGAAGGAAUUGACAUUUUAUUAAAUGUGGCACUCAGUGGCAAAUUUGGGAAUGCUGUAAACACUCGGAUACUGAAGUGCAUGAUUCCAGCAACACUUAUAUCAGAGGACUCUGUGGUUAAGGCAGUCUCCUGGCUUUGUGUUGGCAAGUGUUCUGGUAGCACCAAGGUACUUUUUUAUCGUUGGCUGGUUGCAAUGUUUGACUUCAUUGAUCACAAGGAGCAAAUUAACUUGCUCUAUGGCUUCUUUUUUGCUUCAUUGCAAGAUGAUACACUGUGCCCUUAUGUCUGCCAUUUGUUGUAUUUACUUACCAGAAAAGAGAAUGUCAAACCAUUUCGUGUGAGAAAGCUGCUUGAUCUUCAGUCCAGAAUGGGAAUGCAGCCUCAUCUCCAGGCUUUGUUGUCACUAUAUAAGUUCUUUGUUCCCACUUUGAUUUCUGUAUCUUUGCCUGUAAGGAAGAAGAUCUAUUUUAAGAAUUCAGAGAAUCUGUGGAAGACAGCUCUAGUUGCUGUGAGGCAAAGGAAUCAGGGACCUUCUCCAGAACCUCUAAAGCUGAUGUUAGGUCCAGCUAAUGUCCAUCCAAUAAAAAGAAAAUGGAAUGCUCACUCAGUUAUACCAGUGCUAAAUUCCAGUAGCUGCAUCAAAGAAUGUGGAAAAAAAGGGUUGAGGCUUUCUGAUUAUCUCAGUAGCAAUGGAUUAUUUCCACUAGAACAACUUAAAAGCUUCCCUCAGCUCUUACAGAACAUCCAUUGCUUAGAGCUGCCUUCUCAGAUGGGUGCAGUGCUGAACAACUCUCUGCUACUUCACUAUAUUAACUGUGUCAGAGAUGAGUCAGUCUUACUGAGGCUCUAUCACUGGUUGAGUCAAACAUUGCAAGAAGAGUGUAUUUGGUACAAGGUGAAGAGUUAUGAAAAUGGAGAAGAAUUUACUGACUUCCUGGACACUAUCAUCAGGGCAGAGUGCUUCUUACAAGAGGGAUUUUAUUCCUGUGAAGCAUUCCUGUAUAAGAGCGUUCCUCUCUGGGAUGGCCUCUCUUGUCGGUCACAAUUCCUUCAACUUGUGAGUUGGAUUCCUUUUAGUAGCUUCUCUGAGGUGAAACCACUUCUUUUUGAUCAUCUAGCACAGCUCUUCUUUACAUCAACCAUUUAUUUCAAGUGUAGUGUUCUUCAGAGUCUGAAAGAGCUCCUGCAGAACUGGCUGUUGUGGCUUUCUAUGUACAUCCAAAUGAAACCUGUGAUGAACAGUCCUCUAGAGACAACUUUAGGUGGCUCCAUGAACUCUGUGUCUGACCUGAUUCGGUAUGUAGGGUGGCUGUCUACCAUAGCAAUGCGCUUGGAAAACAACAGUACUUUCUUGCUGCACUUUAUUUUGGAUUUCUAUGAGAAGGUGUGUGAUAUAUAUAUACAUUAUAACCUUCCGUUGGUGGUUUUGUUUCCUUCUGGGAUCUUCUAUCCUGCACUCCUCAGCCUGGAUUCCAGUAUCUUGAACCAGCUCUGUUACAUUAUGCACAGGUAUCGUAAAAAUUUGACUGCUGCAAAGAAAAAUGAGUUGGUACACAAGACAAAAUCAGAGUUCAGUUUCAGCAGCAAGACCUAUCAAGAAUUUAAUUACUAUCUGACAGCCAUGGUUGAUUGCCUGUGGACAUCCAAACCCUUCCAAAGAGGAUUUUCUAUUGACCCCAAAGUCUUAGAAAAAGCUGGAGUAACUGAAUAUAAAAACAGUUUAAAUUUAGUCCACCACCCUGCUCUGUUGAGUUACGCUGUUUCCUUUCUGCUACAGGAAUGUCCAGAAGAAAGGACAGUAAACAUGAACUCUAUUCAGGGAAAGAAAUGGAACUGGUAUUUGGACUAUUUAUUUUCAGAGGGGUUACAAGGCCUGAAACUUUUCAUAAGAAGUAAUAUUCAUCGUUCUCCUGUCCCCUGACCUGAGGGUAUAAGCAACAUGAUCAACAUUAAAUGAAUAUUGAUAGAAACUAACAGCAUACCAGCCUAAAUUCCCUACUCAUUGCUGGAAAGGCCAAGCAGCUCAACUUUUGUUUCCAUAUUCUUUUAACCAAUAGACUGCCAUCUUUGGGGAGGGCCUGGACUGGCCUUCUAUCCAUGACUCUGGAGAGCCUCCGUAUACCUAAUUGUAUUUUUUCAGGAUCUAGAUUCUUGAGCCCACUAGUGAAAAAUGACUUCAUCAUCAGACUCCACCUUCUACCAAAUUAUACAUGAAGAAAUACAUCCAUUAUG